GCAGCAUUAUUUGUGAAGGAAGGCUACAGACUACAGGCAGACACAGCACAGAGGUCGUCUCCUUCCUCUUCAGGUCUUCAUUGACUUGGCUUGGCCUUCCUGCCAAGAAAGAAUCCAAUUCCUGACGAAGAACAACACUGAAGAAAAGAAAUCAAUCGCAGAAAUGGUGGCCCGGAAGUUCUCUGUCCGCCACAAUGACUCCACCUUCGACGUCGAUUACGACACCGACGAUGGCUUCGAAGUCCUCAAAUUCCAGCUCUUCUCUCUCACUUCAGUCCCUCCCGAUCAACAAAAGAUAUUGGGAGGUGAUGAUGAUCAGGUUGUAUCAGAAGACGCUGAUCUGGCAUCGGUUGCAGAAAAGCUCCGAUUGGUGUCGAUUGACGAAGAGGAAGAAACGAAGAAGAAAGAGAAUUCGGAGCCUGAAGUCGCGAUGUCGGAUGAAGAAUUAGCUCGGCUUUUGCAGGCAGAAGAAGACGCACUUAUGAUGCAGCAGUUUGUAGCAAGUCAAAAUAAUGCAGGCUUUGAGCAGAGGAUAAGGCCUUACAUUGAUCAAGUUCUACAGUAUGAAGACCCACAGAGGCAGGAGGCUGCUCGAAAGACAGUACCUACUGAUAAGCUUGAGGAGAAAGCAUUGAUUUCAUUGGCCAGGGAGGGAAACUUUGAGCCAACAAAAAAUGAACAAGACCAUGCUUUCUUGCUGCAGCUUUUAUUCUGGUUUAAGCAAUCAUUCAGGUGGGUAAAUGCGCCUCCCUGUGAUAGUUGCGGUAAUGAAACUAGAAAUGAGGGCAUGGGCACUGCAAAUCCUUCAGAACUGCAAUAUGGUGCUUCAAGGGUUGAACUUUAUCGAUGCCAUUCAUGCUCAAAUGUUACCCGUUUUCCUCGAUACAAUGACCCAUUGAAGCUCCUGGAAACAAGGAAGGGGCGCUGUGGGGAGUGGGCCAAUUGCUUCACACUCUAUUGUCGAGCUUUUGGUUAUGAAUCACGCUUGGUUUUGGACUUUACAGAUCAUGUAUGGACAGAGUGCUUCUCACUUUCCCUGGGAAGAUGGAUGCAUCUUGAUCCUUGUGAAGGAAUUUAUGACAAUCCAUUACUAUAUGAGAAGGGGUGGAACAAGAAAUUGAACUAUGUGUUUGGCAUUGCUAAAGAUGGAGUCCAUGAUGUCACUAAGCGCUACACAAGGAAAUGGCCCGAGGUUCUUGCUCGGAGGAACUUAAUUACAGAGCCUGCACUCUCUGCUUUUCUCUGUAACAUAACUAGAGAAGUACGGAAAAAUUUAUCCUCUCAAAUGCUUUCAGCUUUGGAAGAACGUGACAGGAAUGAAACAGAAGCCAUUGAGAGAGAUUUAUACUCUAAAGAAGAUUCUACAAUUUCCUUACCUGGAAGAUUAAGUGGGGAUAAGGAAUGGCGCUUAUCGAGAUCUGAAACUGGUCCUGAUCAAAAUUUAUCCCUCAGCUCUUCAUCUUGUCCAGUUCGUAGAUGCAUAGAUGUACAUGUGACUAAGAUCUACAAUGCCUUCUCUCCUAUUAUUUCUAAGCUAGUAGAGGAUUCUGCCUCAAAAACAAAAGCUAUUGACGUCCUUACGAUUUUCAGAAGGAUGUUGGUUGAUCUCAAGAAUUCCCCUUUUAGAAAAAGGAGAACUUCUUUACACUCUGUUUCAGAUAGUUCCCUAUAUUUUGCCAAUAAGAUGCUGCCAUCUUUUGGUCAAUUACUUGAAGCUUUAUCAUUGAAGAGUGAUUUGGGCAUAAGUGGUAGGAUUGACAUAUGCUUAGCUGCCGAUCCUGUGAGAACCGCCGUUGCACUGCCUGUCGUGUUCCAUGCUUUGGAUGAUGUGAUCUAUAAUGUUAGUCAAUGUAAUAAACUUGAUAAAGAUUCACUUGCUUGGCCACUUUUGAAGUUGAACAGAUUAUGUUCUGGCCUAGUGCGAGCUAGUGGGGAGGAGCUUCCUUUUGGAAUUGCAACAUCUGCAUUUGAUGGAACACGGAUGUCAAAGUGGGAAGAACCAAAUGGGGCAAAAGGUUGUUGGAUCUUAUAUCAAGUUAAUGGUGAACAAAUGCAUGAGCUUGUGGCAUAUGAAUUCAUGUCAGCUAAUGAUGUUCCAGAAAGAGAUCCAAAGGACUGGGUUGUUGAAGGAAGCACAAAUGGAGGCUCUAGCUGGCAUGUUUUAGACAAACAAACUAACCAGAUAUUUGAUAAGCGUUUCCAGCGGAAAACAUAUACUGUCAAAUCACAAAGUUUCCUAGCAAAUGCUUUCAGGAUAAGAUUUCUAGCAGUUCAAGAUGGGAAGGAAAAUCCGCGGUUCCAAAUUGGCAGUAUUGAUCUCUAUGGUAGAUGCAGUUAAUAUUUCAGGGUGGAAUCAAGUAAACAUAGGCAUUAUCCUGCUUCCAAGCUUAAAUAACUGUGCCUUCCCAAGUACCUUACUUUUGCGAUUGCAUUCACUGACCCCCAGUAAAGUGUUAUUGUAUUGUUUAUUAAACUGUUCCAUAUCAUGCUAUGUGGCUUUAACUGGUAACUGGUAAGUCAAUGAGCAUUUGAGCUUGCAUAUUGUUAGUUGCUGACCUGUAAAUUAUGAGUGUACAAAGUUUGAUUCCUGUG